AUGAUGACACGUUCUGAAAUCAGACGGAAGUAUGGCCUCAAGACGUGCUGCUGCGACUGCUGGGCGCAUUUUUGUUGCCAUCCCUGUGCCAUGUGCCAAGAGCUUCGUGAGCUGAAAAGCCGGCCAUUGACGCCAUGGGCCAAUGGCGCAGAUGCCAGGCCCCCAGCUAUGCGAUACUCUUUCGCCCAUCAGGGACAUGCAGGCUACUCGUUUGUCCCAUCAUCCCCAUCAGUCGGCAGCACCCCUCCAAAAACCCCUCCAGAAUACGCCUCGAAGCCUCCCAAGGUGGUAGAAUACCCUGACCACCACCUGUAG